ACGCAGCCAGCUCGCCAUAGCUGAUUCAUAUACAAUACAAGCAUCCUCUCCGCUGAAGAGAUCAAAUUCCAUUCAGGGCAGAUCGAUAGAAAUGGUGUCCUCCAACUUUUAUCUUCUCAGCGUUCUUCUCAUCGCCAUCGCUUCUGGCGCACGGGCUACGGAUCCUAGUCCUCUCCAAGACUUCUGCGUUGCAGACAAAGAAUCGACUGUACGUGUGAAUGGGUUGCCCUGCAAGGAUAUUAAGGAUGUCAAGGUGGACGACUUCUUCCUAGCAGCCGACCUCGACAAGCCAAGGGAUACGACGACGAACAAGGUCAAGUCAAAUGUCACGUUGAUCAAUGUGAUGAAGCUGGCCGGUCUAAACACCUUAGGCAUCUCCAUGGCCAGGAUUGACUAUGCCCCUCAAGGACAGAACCCACCACAUACUCAUCCCCGUGCCACUGAGAUCUUAACGGUUCUUGAAGGAUCACUCUAUGUGGGUUUUGUCACAUCUAACCCAGACAACAAAUUCUUUAGCAAGCUGCUCAACAAGGGUGAUGUUUUCGUGUUCCCACAAGGCCUAAUCCACUUUCAGUUCAAUCCAAGUCAUGACAAGCCAGCAGUUGCCCUCGCCGCACUCAGCAGCCAGAACCCUGGUGCCAUUACCAUUUCUAAUGCAGUAUUUGGAUCAAAACCACCAAUCGCGGAUGAUGUUCUUGCCAAGGCGUUUCAGGUGGACAAGAAGGUUGUGGACUGGCUCCAAGCUCAGUUUUGGGAGGACAACCAUAACUAAGUGAAGCUUGUGCGCUAUUGUCAUUGUUUUAUGCACCUAUGUAACAAUCAACAACAUUAAUUUGAUUUAUUUGUAUUAUGUAGCAAAGUACUAUGUACUUGAUGCCAUAUAUAUUCUAUAAAAUGUUAAAUGACCUCAGUUAUAAAUGUUAAAUGAUAUAUUGAUUGCAA